AUGGCCGACCAGAACCCGUCACAACCACAAACCAUGGACGCUCCUCAACAGGCACCUCAUGUCCCUUCUCCCCUCUCAACACCCGGCUCCGUUCCCAUGAUGAACUCUCCAGUCCCUCUCCUCCGUCCUGCCAUCCCCGGCUCAAGACCCGGCGGCGGCGCCCGAACACCGAGACUCGGUCUUGCCAUCCCGCCGUCACCGAAUGCGAAGCCCGUAGGCGGAAACGCACCCCAACCCGUAAACUCUCGACCUCCUCUCCCGACCCUUCACCUGGCAACCCCCAUGGGCAGCCAAACAACACCCUAUGAGCAACCCCAGAGACCAGUAGGCGUAGGCCAGUCAGCCAGUGGUGGUAGUGAGAGCAGCGCGGCCCACUCCAGGUCAGGAAGCUUCGGCCCGUUGGACGGCAGAGCCAGUAACCCCACGUCCGCCGGCUCUCAAUACUCGGCCUUGUCUUUUGCCUCGCAAUACGGCUUCGGAGCGCCGCGGCCCCACGGAACACCUGACCCCUCGUCUGCCGUCGGCUCCAUCUACUCAGAACGAAGCGAUGGCGGCGUGGGCAUGGAACGAGACAACAGCCUUCAAGGUCUCGAAAAUUUCGAUAAGCUGUCUUUGGAAAGAGGCAGGACGUUGGAUGUCGAAGAACUUGAUGCCGAUGGCUGGAGGGUCGCCAGCCUCGAAAAGAGAAUCGAGGAACUCGACUCUCUCGGUGAAGGUGCCGGUGGUGCUGUUACAAAGGCCAAGUUGAAGGGCGGAAAGACAAUUUUUGCUCUCAAGGUCAUUACCACAAAUCCCGAUCCCGACGUCAAGAAGCAGAUUGUGAGAGAGCUGGGUUUCAACAAAGAGUGUGCGUCAGAGCACAUCUGCCGAUACUACGGCGCAUUCGAGGACACGACUACUGGCACCAUCUCCAUCGCCAUGGAGUUCUGCGAGGGUGGUUCUCUCGACAGCAUUUACAAGGAGGUCAAGAAGCUCGGAGGCCGGACUGGCGAGAAGGUGCUCGGCAAGAUUUCCGAGGGCGUCCUGCGCGGACUGACGUACCUCCACGGCAUGCGCAUCAUCCACCGCGACAUCAAGCCAUCCAACAUCUUGCUGUGUAGGAACGGAGAUGUCAAGCUCUGCGAUUUCGGUGUCUCGGGAGAUUUUGGAACCAAGGGUGAGGCAAACACCUUUAUUGGUACCAGUUACUACAUGGCCCCUGAACGUAUCACCGGCCAAUCAUACACCAUCACAUCCGACGUCUGGUCAACGGGCGUCACCCUUCUCGAGGUCGCACAGCAUCGCUUCCCCUUCCCUGCCGACGGCACUGAGAUGCAGCCUCGCGCUGGUCUUAUCGAUCUUCUUACGUACAUUGUGCGGCAACCGAUACCCAAGCUGAAAGACGAACCGGACGCCAACAUUUUCUGGACCGACAACUUCAAGUACUUCAUCGAGUGCUGCUUGGAGAAGGAGUCUACCCGGAGAGCCAGUCCUUGGAGAAUGCUUGAGCACCCGUGGAUGGUUGAGAUGCGGUCGAAGCGCGUCAACAUGGCCAAGUACCUUUCCCAGGUAUGGGGCUGGGACUCGAAGUGA